AAAAUUGUACUGUAUGUUUAACAAAACAAACCCCGGAAAUGGGAAGUUAAGGAUUGAGAAAGUUUUUUAAUGUUGUAAAAUGUAAGUUUAAAUGCUCACUGUGCGUUUGGUCAUGCAGAAUGUAUUGCUGAUAUCUUAAUUUCCAAAUUGUGAAACACUAAAAGUCAGGUCUGAAUACUUUUGUGAUGAUUACUUGGCACCGAUUUCGUAUUUUGACAACUAGCCCAUUCCUGAUCAGUUAGCCUACCUGGUUUUGUUUUGUAAACAGAAGUGAUGAAUCGCCUCGUCCUGUUCUCGCUGUGAAAUGACCUGACUAUAGGACCUCACGGUGAAAGACGAUUACAAUGGCCCGAAUAGCCUGGUAUCAGGAAAAGAUUGGUGCCUAUGACCAGCAAGUCUGGGAGAAAUCUUUGGAGCAACAAGCCGAUUUAAAAGGAUUACACACCAAACCAAAGAAGACCGGUCACAUUAAACAAGAUCUCAUAGAUGUUGAUUUAGUACGAGGGUCAACAUUUAGUAAAGCUAAACCAGAGAGUCCCUGGACAGCCUUGACGAGGAAGGGUUUGGUGCGAGUGCUGCUCUUUCCUUUCUUCUUCCAGUGGUGGAUACAGGUGACCUGCAAGUCUGUCUCCAUAUGCAUCCUUGCACUCUACUUAAUACAAGUUGCUACGGUGGUGCUGUACUUGGACGUCCCUGGGGCAAAUGCCAGUGAGGUGUUCGGGCCCAUGUGUCUCAUGCUGCUGUUGGGGACUGUGCACUGCCAAAUUGUGUCGACUGAGUCCAGCCGGUGGCCUUCAGGCAGUCCAGCUGCCAGCAACACAACUAGCCCAGCUCGCAGGAGGAGGCCAAGGAAGAGCAAAGGUUCCAAAAAGUCUGAGGAACAAAAUGACAGUGUGGAUGCCCAACUACCAGAGGGGACCAACGGGACAGACAAGAAAAAUGAGCAGAACAACAAUAAGUGUGGCUUUGGAGCUUCUGAUGAGUUGUCAAGUGAUGAAGAAUAUGGGCUACAGUCACUGGAGGACACUCAUUCACUACCUGAGAGAGAAGACGGUAAAUCAACACAUUCAGCGUUUACUGUCAGAAGAAGAAAUGUAAAAUCUCACUCUAAACCUGCUGUGAGACCUCAGAAAUCUCAGGAGGGAAAUGUGUCUGCUGUUAGGAUGAAACCCCGAGAACUGGAGCGUCUUAAGCCAGAUGUGAGCCCUCGUCAGGCCUCGGACACUGAUGAUACGAUGUGGGAGGAGCUUCUUCAGGGCCCAGACACUGGCUCCACAGGGAGCAGUGACAGUGAGCCCAAUGCGAGGUACAGUGGAGGGGCCAUGGCCCUCCAGGAAAGCUCCUCUCAGAGCAGCAAUGAUGAGAGCCUACAUCAGAGCAUCACAGGAAACCAGCUGUCUUGGCUUCAAGCUUGUCAUCCUUCCAAGGACAAAGUCAGUGCCAUUAUUUGGGAACAGGGCGAGUGUAAGAAGGUUGACAUGUCAGUAUUGGAGAUAAGUGGAAUCAUCCUAACACGGGUGAAGAUGGUGGAGCAGGGUGUAGGUUACCUGAUGUUUGGUGGAGUGGUUACGGUCAUAUUGGCUCUGCUUCCUUUUGUCUUUCGGCUGGCUCAGGAACUGGACAUGUCCAGCCUCAGCUCUCUGUCUCUGUCUGAGAUACUGGAAAAGGCAGUGGGGCCACGUGAUGCCAAAUCCUAUGUGUUUUACUUUAUCACUACAGUUCAAAGAAUCUGCCUCACUGGACUAUUCUUCUUUAUGAUGUGUGUGGCUGAAAGAACAUAUCAACAGAGACUGCUAUUUGCAAAGUUCUUCAGCCAUCUAACCUCAGCGCGAAAGGCCAAGAAGUCCGAGGUCCCUCAUUUUCGACUGAAGAAAGUGCAGAACAUAAAGAUGUGGUUGUCUCUGCGCUCUUUUCUCAGAAGAAGAGGGCCUCAGCGUUCUGUUGACGUCAUUGUCUCCACGAUUUUCCUUUUAGCACUUUCUAUUUCAUUCAUUGUUUGCGCCCAGCUUUUACACAAUCAUAAGACAUACCUGGAGUCGCUAACUAAUUGGGAGCUUGUUGUGUGGGGACCCUCCCUCCUCCUCUUUCUGUUGAGACUGGCCACUUUAGGUUCAGAGACAAACAGUAAAUACAGUAACUCCUCAGUUCUACUCACUGAACAGAUUAACUUGUAUCUUAAAAUGGAAAAAAAACCCAACAAGAAAGAAGAAUUAAAUAUUGUUAACAAUGUUUUGAAGCUGGCUACAAAACUAAUGAAGGAGCUGGAUACUCCAUUCAGACUUUUGGGUUUGACUGUGAACCCUCUAAUCUACAACAUCACCAAAGUGGUCAUUCUGUCUGCUGUGUCGGCUGUGGUCAGUGACCUGCUCGGCUUCAACAUCAGACUUUGGAAGAUCAAGUCUUAAUGUGAACCAGGCAUACCACUAUCAGAUGAACACUGGAGAUGAAAGAGACCCUAUGUGUGUCUCAUUUAUCUAUAAAUCAAAUCAAAUGUGUGCCAACCUACUGACACUUAUGGAAAUGUCUGUGCCAUCCAACUUCCUGUGGCAAGCCUAGAAUGCCCCUGGCAGUCUGUCACAUGCCCCACUACUGGCUGCCCAGCUGGUACACUUUCCAUUACCUCUGUCUCUAGCCUGAAACAUAACUAUGACCAUGAAUGUCACCCAGUGUAUAACUUUAAUAACUGCAAAACUAGUGCAGUUAUUAAACAAAUAUAAUUGUGCAUUUUCAGACACACAUAGUAAUUUAAAUGGCUUUAUAGUGACGUCAUGGCAGGGUUUUACUGGUGGUUUUAAAAUCAAAAUAAGUCUAUCAAAAGGAAUAAAUGUACAGCAAGAUAUUUGUGCAAUGUUAAUGUUAAUGUAAAGUUGCUUGACCAAGGAAAAUGGUGGAAUAAACCUACUGUAUUUAUUUUUAAGACUCAGUUGAAGAGGUACUUUGUCAUUUUGAUUGAUAUUUUAAGACUUUUCUAUGGCAUGCAAGCAGAUGAAAUAAAAUAUUUGACGAA